GAGUCUAUGACUCUAUCUUUUUUGGUCAGAUUUAUUGCGGCUAGCGGUCCUGGCCUUAACAAAAAAAUUAAGGUGUGCAGUGCAAUGAGUGAGUGCAUUUGCUGUUCUUCUUGAAAGUUGAGAAUAUGCCGCGCGACACAUUUGAUCUUCUUCUCCAUCCUCCUCUACAUCAUCGAAGCAACAAUGUCAGUCCAAGCAACCACGCUUGACAGUAUUUUGUCUUCGUUAAAGACACUUUCGAUCAAUGCUGCUAAUGUGGUCUCACAUGCAGCUUCAACCUCUCCUGAAUCAUGGAAAGAAGCAUUGAGCAGUUCCAGUACAAGUACCUCACAAAAUGCCACCAAGACAUUACUCUUUAAGCCAAAGACGGCGAAAACAGCUAAGCCAUACCCAGUCUUGAUUGUCGCAAAAGCUGAAACAGAGACGAACACAGGUGCUUUGGGAAAAGAAAUUGAUCAAAAAGAAAUGCGAUUAGCAAAAGAAGAUCUGAUGACUGAAUUCCUUGGUGCAACAAAAGAUGACAUUUCACCUUUAUCAGUUUCUACAGCAAAUGCAGAAGAAGGAUCACAUCCCAUCUUGGUAGUAUUGGAUGAAUCUUUGGCUUCCUCAUCCGAUUCUUUCGCUCUACAUGCUGCCUCUUCAGACAAGACAAUCUUCUUGACAGGUCAAGACGUUCAGAAAUAUCUGCAAAGUACAGGGGUUGCAUUGAAAGUCAUUGACUUCUCCAAAUUGGGCGGAUCGGCAGCUCCAGCUCCAGCACGGGCAACACCUGCCUCAGGUGCAAACAAUGAAGCAGCAGCAGCGGCAAGAGCUAGACACGCGGAAGCAGCACGUAUCCCCGAAGCUGAAUUGAUUGGUAUCACUGUUCGCAAGGAUGGAGACUUUUCUGAUUGGUACCAACAAGUGUUGAAAAAGGGUGAUAUGUUGGAGUAUUACGAUGUGAGUGGAUGUUAUAUUCUCAAACCAUGGAGUUAUAACGUUUGGCAAUCGAUUCAAACAUUCUUCGAUGCAGAAAUCAAGAAGCUAGGUGUGGAGAAUUGCUAUUUCCCAAUGUUUGUUUCUUCUGAUGUCUUGGAACGUGAAAAGGACCAUAUCGAAGGAUUCGCACCUGAAGUUGCUUGGGUCACAAGGGCCGGUCAGAGCGAUUUAGAGAAGCCAGUCGCCAUUCGUCCAACAUCAGAGACAGUCAUGUACCCUUAUUACGCCAAAUGGAUCAGAAGUCAUCGUGAUUUACCACUAAAGCUCAACCAAUGGAACAGCGUUGUUCGUUGGGAAUUCAAGCAUCCUCAACCAUUCUUGCGAACACGUGAAUUCUUGUGGCAAGAAGGCCACACAGCCCAUUUGACUUUGGAUGGCGCUGCAAAGGAAGUUCUACAGAUCUUGGACCUUUACAAAGCAGUGUAUGAACAACUUCUUGCUGUACCUGUGGUGCCUGGUGUCAAAUCAGAAAAGGAAAAGUUCGCUGGUGGAUAUUACACAACAACAGUCGAAGGAUUUGUUCCAACAACAGGACGAGGUAUUCAAGGAGGUACUUCUCACUGCUUGGGACAAAAUUUCAGCAAAAUGUUCAACAUCACUGUCGAAGAUCCCGAAGCAACAGAAGAGACACGUGGUAAACCAGAGGGUCGUUUACACGUCUGGCAGAACAGUUGGGGUUUGAGUACACGUACGAUCGGUGUGAUGGUAAUGGUGCACGGUGAUGACAGAGGUUUGGUCAUGCCACCUCGCGUUUCUCAAAUUCAAGUGGUUAUCAUUCCAUGUGGUAUUACUGUCAAAACAACGCCCAAAGAACGUGAUAUGAUCCUUGAUACAUGUCAAGAGACGGCAAAUACUCUGCAAAAAGCAGGCAUUCGUGCCAAGGCAGAUUUGCGCGACAACUACAAUCCCGGAUACAAAUUCCACGAUUGGGAAUUACGUGGAGUACCUAUCCGUUUGGAAAUUGGUCCCAAAGACUUGGAAAAGAAUCAAGUGGUUGCUGCUCGUCGUGACACAGGUGUGAAAGCAAAUGUUUCUGCUUCUGGCUUGGCAGAUUCUGUGCAGAAAUUGUUGAACACGAUCCAUGAUGACAUGUUCAAACGUGCAGAUGAGACUUAUCGUGCUCAUCGAAAAGUUGUCACUGAAUGGGCAGAUUUCACCCCUACUUUGAACGGCAAGAAUCACGUCAUCAUUCCUUGGUGUGAAGUGGAAGCAUGCGAAGAUGCCAUCAAAGAUCGUAGUGCUCGUGUUGCAAACAGCGAUGAGCCUCAAGAUGAACGUGCUCCUUCUAUGGGAGCAAAAUCUCUCUGCAUUCCAUUUGAUCAGAAACAAUAUCCCGACAUUGCUGGAAAGAAAUGUCCUCAAUGUGGCCAAGCAGCAAAAAGAUGGACCAUGUUUGGACGAAGUUACUAAAAGUAGUUCUUUACCUAUGUUGUACAUCAAUUCGUCACUUAUCUUAAUUGCACAUAAA